GCUUCCAUCUAACGAGAUGUUUUUGCAAUUGUCAAACCGAGUAUAUAUAUAAUCGGUGAUACUCCGUGGCCAUCCGUAGUCGAGACAACGAGGAAGAUGAACGUAGCCGCGAUACUACUUGUGACGUCGGUGCCGUGGGUGAUUGCCGGGCCAGCGAUCGGCGAGAAAUGGGAGGAAGCAAAGAGGGAACCGUUGGGAUUAUUCGAAAGCGUAACGGCGUGGAGCAAUAAAAUUUUUCCGUUUCAAUUUUUGAACGGGAACGAAAAAGUGGAAGACUCGAAGAGGCUCGACGCACAGAAGGAAUAUAACGAAAAAGGCGAGCGUAUUGCGACGUCCCCGUUAGAGAAAAUUUUUGGCAAGGAUAAUAUAUUCGCCUCGAUGAUCUCGAACGUUAUCGGCACAAUUGGAAAAGCGAUAGAAGGUAUCGCGAGCAACGUUCAAAAAGGGAUAGGAUUACCUUUUUUCCCAAACAGAGAAAUACCAACAGUAGACGCGGACAAAAGUGAUUCUGGCCACUCGAAACGAUACGAAUCAAGGGAGGCGAGCGUGAAAGAAGGAGGUCGGAGGGUCGGUUAUCGGGAAUCAACAGAAGGCGCGAAAGAAGUUGAUGGCGAGAAACGCGCUAUUCACUCGACCGCUUUGGAUGGGGAUGAUGCAAAAACAGGUGGCGGCGAGAGAAAACGGUCGGAUGGGCCCGCGGUAUCAACGGAACUCGGGGGGGAGGCAAAAAGCUGGAGUCAUUCCUCCCAAGGAAUUGAGAAAAACUCGUUAACCAGCUCGAAAGAAGAGAGUUCUCGAAGAUCGACAAAUGUUGACGAGAAGAGGAGGGGAGGUUCCGAGGAGGUGAAGGAUAAGGUUGCUCGCGAAUCGAUCGAGGUUAAAGAGGAGGGGAAGAAAGCGAAGGAGAAAGUUGAUGCAGAAGGGAAGAGAGAUAAGGUUAAAAAGGAAGAAAAAGAGGGAAAGGAUAAAGUCGGUGAAAAAACGGAAAAGGAGAAGGAGGUCGAAGGGGAAAAGGAGGAAACGAGGGAGAGAAAGGAAAAGAAGGAGGUUAAAGAGGGAGAGGAGAAGGAGGAAGAUAAAAGAAAAAAGAAGAAGGAUUAGUUUGGGGGCCAAGCUGAAGAGGAUCUGGUAAUAGCAAUGUGUAAAAGGAUAUUUGAAAUUAAAAGGAAAAAAAAAAGAAAAUAAUUUAUAGAGAAGAAAAAAAAACGUAAAGAGAAAAGAGAAAUAAAGAGGUAUCGGACAUCGUGAAAAGAUGAAAUUGUCGGGAAAAAUAGCUAAAAAAGAAGCAUAAAAAAACGCUGACAAAGACAACGUUGAUGAAACUGGCUAAGAAAAAGAAAAUGAUCACGAAUAGAAUGUUGGAGCAUAAAAGAGCAUGUUACGAUAGAAGGAUGGCUCUUUCAUCGAAAUUGAUAAAAGAAUCAUCCUUUGUCACGCAACGAUCGAUCUAUUCUUGAGAAUAUCAUGAAUAAACAAAACGAGAAAGAUGACAAUCACGACGGAAUAUAAUUGAAGGAAAUUGAUGACGCAGCAUCCGGCGAGGGAAAAAGAUGAUUACGCGCACAAUUUUAAAUCAAUAAAUGGAAUUUCUAAGCGAAAACGUAGAAAAAAAAGAAAAAAAACGAUCAUCAAAAUAUCUUCAAGCGCAUGAACUAAAUCGUGCAAAAACAUAAUGCUUCGAAAAUAGUUUUAAAUUAUCAAUCGAUACUCGUCGCGAAGAAGAAAGGAGAUAUCAAGAUUUCUUACGCAUCGGCUCGAAGAAUUGAUGAGUAAGCGAUUGCAUUCGUGUCGAACGAUCGUGAAGGAUCUUGAAGCGUAUGCGCCAAGCGCAAAUGCGUAUAGAAAGAAAUUAACUAAUUAUGGCUAUUCGAGAUGAACGAGUAAUUAUGGGAUCAUUUGCACAAUUAUUGAUCCGUCAGUAUUGACUAUUUACCUUUAUAGUAUCGACGAUGUAUACUCAUAUUAACGAUCGUUAGAACUGUGAGGAUGCGUAUUAUUAAUCCGGCUAUUUUUUUUUAUUAUUAUUAUUAUUUCUUAAUCUUGCUUAACCCAUAUCAUAUUCACUGUUUUAUUUAUUUUAAAUAUAUUUAUAUACUAUCUUUUUUAUUGCUUAACGUAUUCCUUUGAAGAAUAUUCGUAUAUUAAUUAAAAACAAUUCUGCAGAGCUCAAAAUAUAUCCACUGUAUUUUUGUAUCCAUAGAUUUUUAUCGUUAUCUAUUCUUUUGUUCGUAAAGCAUUCUCGAUAUACUUAUCUGUUAUUAUAUAUGGUGAAAAAUAUUUUUGGAUUCGACGUUUAAUCCCAAGUUUCACUUUUCGAUUCUCGUGUUCAUCGAAGCAUCGCGAGUGAGAAAAUGCGGAAACGUUACCAGCUGCAAUUGCGGAUGAUCUAUAUUGAAUGCGAGCGUUGCGCAGCAUGUAGGAAGUUCAACAGCGGCGUCCAAUUACGCGUCUCCGGAUAUAAAUCAUCGGAAAUAUGAGGGCCACUGACGCAACCUGUCCAUUGAUACAUUGUUACCAUUGCGAGAAAAUGGCAGCACAUUCUUUAAAAAACACGCUCCACUUUAAAAUGUCAACUCGAAAUACAUUGUGCGAUAUCCAGAAUCCUUUCUCUCCUUUCUAACGACAAAUAUCUUUCUUCCACGUACGAAUACGACUUCACGUAAUGUAAUCAGACAAUAAAUGAGAACAUUCCACGAAUAUAAAUUUAACAGAGAAA